AUGCUAUCAAAAUGUAAAAAUAGGCUAGCCUCGAAGUUGGGUAGAAAAAUGUACAUUGGUUUAGGGUCCCUAGACAAUAGAAAUAAGCUUUAUAGUGACAUAAGUCAUAAUGUGGAUGAGGAUAGGGUUGAUAGUAUGGAUGAUGAUUUUAAUAAGGAUAGAGUUGAUAAUGUAGGUGAUGACUUAAAUGAUGAUAAGGUUAUUGAUAUGUAUGAGGUUAGGAUGGAUAAUGAUGUUCUUAAUAAGGAUACGUUAGACAACGUUGUUAGUUUGGAUCACAUUAGGGUGGAUGGAGAUAGGGUUGACAUGGUUGAAAGUGUUGAUAGUAUGGAUGAGAUUUAG